CAAUGGCGAUGCUUCUGCUGUUGAUUCCGGUUGUCUUCUACCUGACCGUUCUGUGGAUCCGGGAGCAGGAUCUCAAUGCCAAGUGGCGGCCCGAUCGAGAGUCGCUUCUGUUCAGCCGGAAGCCCCUGCCCGCCCCCCUGGAGAGGACAUGGAUCUCGAGCUACAAACUGCCAUUGAGGACGCAGGGACGGAACAUUGUUGAUGCAAACGGUCAUCGGUUCAAGCUUUCGUCCAUCAAUUGGUACGGGGCCAGCGAUGAGCUCUUCGUCCCGGGCGGAUUGGAUAUCCAGCACCGAAGCGUCAUUGCCGAGACGAUCAAGAAAAUGGGCUUCAACAGCGUGAGGCUCCCCUAUUCGGACGAGCUUGUCAUGAAUAAUCCGGUGCUUGAGCCACGGCUGGUGCUUGCGAACCCGGAUCUCGAGGGUCUCCGUGCCAUGGACGUGUUUGAAGCUGUGACAACGGCCCUGACAGAUGCUGGAAUUGCCGUCAUCAUCAACAACCACAUCACCAGCGCGACAUGGUGCUGUGGAGCAGACCCUUGCGAUGCUGGCUGGGCCAACGAUCACUUGGGGCCGCUGUGCCGCGUCAAGCAGACAGAGGAGGAAUGGAUUCAGCAUUGGGAGUCGGUCAUGGACCGAUUCGUGCACAAUCCGCUGGUCAUUGGAGCUGAUCUCCGCAACGAGGUCCGUGGCCUCUGGGGAACCAUGCCCUGGUCCAAGUGGGCAGCCGCCGCAGAGAAAUGCGGCAACCGCCUGCUCAAGAUGAAAUCUGACUGGCUCAUCAUUGUCGAGGGCACCGAGUCGGCCAACGAUGUUUCGGGUGCUCUCGACCGGCCGGUCCGACUGGAUGUUGAGAACCGGCUCGUAUACUCUGCUCAUGGCUAUAAAUGGUCUGGCUGGGGAAGCUGGCAGGGCCGAUUUGCCCAGCGGAGCUACAAGUCGUUUGUCAAGACGAUGCGCCACAACUGGGCAUAUCUGCUUGAUUUGGAUAUUGCGCCAGUCUGGUUUGGAGAGCUGGGAGCGCCAAACGACCCGACUGUCGGCGAUGCGCGCUACUGGAGACAUCUGCUCAAAUAUCUCAAGUCGAUUGAUGGAGAUUUUGGAUACUGGGCUUUGAACCCGCGCAAGCCCAAGAACAGCGAGAAGGAAUCUUAUUCACUGGUGCACGACGACUGGAUUACUCCAGUGCUUGAUUAUCGCAUGAAGGAUUUGCAGGAGCUGAUGAGACAAUGAACCGGAACUGGGAUUUUGCUUUCUUUUUUUCAUAGGCCUGCAGAGGGUAUUUCUUUUGCUUUGUUUUCUGCUUGGGCUAUCGUUUGUUGACGGAUUUUUCAUGCAUUGGUGUUAUUUGGUUACAUACCCAGUUUGAUGAGCACAUUUUGAGGCGUUUGGAUGGGCAUGAGUUGCCCGGCAUUUGACAAAGGUAUUGGAAUUGUUUUCAUGGCGACAUGCAUCACCACGCAUUGCCCUACGAUCCUGUACGCUGCUAUAUUAGAGAAUGAAUGGAAGUGAAUGAGGGACCUACCUAGUAUUGUUGUUGUAUUUCAUUCACAUGAUUGUGUCUCC